AGCCGCGGCGGCGCCUAUUUCCGCGGCGUCACGGACGCGGUCGGCGGCGGUGGAGGUAGCGCGGACGGUCGUGGAGCUGGCCCCAUCCGGGACGCUCUCUGUGGUGGGCCCCGACGGCUGGCCGCUCGAAGUCGGCACGCGCUUCGUCACGGAUGCCGCCGGUGUGCCCGCGCUCUGCCUGGCCGCCGUGGAGGUCGUCGUGCCUGAUGCGCUGUCCAGCUUCCGUGUCGAGUUUCGGUAGAGUGGGGCUAGGACACCACAGUGCACUAUGCUUGGAGGCCGGGGGAGUGAUGAGACGAUGAGGCGGUGUUGCUCGCAGUUCCCGCCGGUGGCGACGGAACUCGCGGCCCCCACAUGUGCCGCCGCGGCAUUGCUCGGUGCCCCAGCACGCCCGGCGCCGGCGGAGCUCGUGGGCCCCGCACGCACGCGGCGGCAUUUGCUCACGGUGCUAGCACACGCGGCGGCGGCGGAGCUCGUGGCCAUCCAGCAAGGAGGCCCUGGCGGCCGAGCCCCCCUCCGGUGCCGCGCGCCUCAUCCUCGGUGUCACCAUGAGCUCCAGGCCUUCUGGGUACCAAAUCCAUUAGAAUUGCAGUUAUAUAGGAAAGUUCAUGGUAUUAGUAGAACAAAUCCAGUAUAGCAAUUUAGUGGUGGUUAAUAAUAAGAUGGCAAUAAAACAGGUGUGCAGUAAACAUGGAUUUAUGAAUGAAUUUAAAUAGUGCUUGUGUUUAACGAAAAAGCAGGAGCACUGCUCAAUCCUAUAAGAGGAGAAGCAACUGGAGUUUUAUAUCUCCUGUAAAUGGGUGAAAUCUACUUUCCAGUUUCCAUAGCAGGGCUAGAUGAAUAUUUAUACUGCAUGGAAACUUUAAUUUCUGCAGAUCCAAGUAAAAUACCACUUCUGGGGGAUGCCCUUGUUAUUGCCGGGAGCCCGGGACAGUUUGUUUUGCAUUUAGUAAUGUUUGGGAUUGACAUAUUUUCUUUCUAAAAUUUUAGGUGUGCUAAAAUAAUCUAUAUCUAUACAUAUAGAGUAUGCCACACUUUUAUUAUGGUUAUAUAUGGAGAACCAAUGUAGAGUUUUCUCAAUGAUGAUUGGAGAAGUCUCUGAGUUGCAGAAAAUUAUAAUGUUGUGAUGAAUGUACCAUGAGGGUCAUUUAGCAGGUCUGCUGAUAAACUCGGGCUGACUGGUAGACAUCUGAUCUUGAUGACAAAAUGAAUUCAUCUCAAUGAGUUGGUUAUCAUUCCUUCCUCUUUAGUUAGCCCCAGGGGCACUGUACCAAGUCGGAGAUGUCUGCCAGAAGAACUAAUUAAUUCUGUACAAAUCUGAUCAAGUUAUUCAUGAAGGCAGAAGUGACAAGCACUCUAAUGUCUACUCUUAUUCAAUUAUUCAGGAUACAUGCAACAAACGAAGUGAUGGAUCCCUUGACCUUUAAGUAAGAUCCACCUCUGCUUUGCCCUUCCUCUCUCAUGUGAUCUAACUGCCAGGUAAUUAUCAUUGAUUUGGUUCAACUUUUGAGCAGUCCGGUGAUCUGGAAACAUAAGGAAAUGAGGUUGAUCUAUUUAAAUCGUAGUAAAGAAAUCUGAAUCUGAGGCCUCUUGGUUUCUGACAAUAAAUGGGACCAUAAUUUGAUAUACCAUCUCAUUUUUAUGGCUGUACAAAUAUUGGAUGAUGUAUCUUUUUUUUCCUGCAAGAAGGCAUUAACUUUGGACUAUUCCUGGAUAAUGACAUAUGGCACUGAAUUACCAGUGCAAAGUGACAAACCUUUUUGCUUUAGUUCUCUACUUGCUACUCUGUACUCUGCUUAUGAGCCUUUUUUAUUACUGCAGGUACUCACAGCAACCUAAAUAACUGAUUGUUUAAUUUUAUCCGCAACAUGAUCUGUCAUAUUAAUGUCAUCCAAAUUCAUUGUAUGAUUUUAUUGAAAUAGUUGGAAUCCAAAUUCUGUGAGCGCGUGCAUCUCCCGCUGCACCGAAAACCUGGGCGGGCGUCUUCCCGCUGCAACCACAUUUUGGAUGCGAAAUGAUAUUUUUGUCCAUACAUAUUCUAGAACCUCUUCACUUAGGCCAAGGGUAGUAUGAUAAUUUGGCACUGCCGAACAUGUUAAAACCCUUGUCCAAAUCCGUUUUCCACCACAUGCCGCAGCCACUCCAUACUACUCCGUGACACCCUCCCUCCCACAGAAGCCCGCCCUCGCUCCGACGGCCGCCCUGCCUCUGACGCCGACCCUCCCUCCGACGCUGCUCCGCGGCCACCUCGGGCCUCGGCUGCGGAAUCCCCCAGCGCAACGUCCGAGAUGGCUUCUGGGAAGAAGCAGAAGAACCGGAAGCCAACCAGCCCACCAAGAGAGGCUCCACUUACUGACAUUGAGAUACAGAGGAUGCAAACCAUUCUUAGGAACAAUCGGGAGUUCCAACGGCUUGGUUUAGGGCAGUUUCGUGCUAUGAUGAAUGCUUGUGUGCCCACGGGUGCUGCAAAUCCCACAGAUGUUGUUAGUGAAAACUCUGGUUCAUUGUAUCAACCUGGAGAUGAAGACAUGUAGCAACAAGCAGUUGAUAAGGCAAUGCUGGAUUUGGACCUUGAAUCACCGGAAGCUGGAAUCAGAGGAUCAGCAACAUCCAAGAGAGUGACGGCAAUACCGGAAGCUAGAAUCACUCGGAAGAGGGCAAGGGAGUUACCUGAACCUGCUGAAGUUUGCCAUGUUCCAGCUACAGACCCACAAGAUGGUGCCACAGAUCAAGAGUUGACUGUAGCCAAUGCUCAUACUCAAUCUGACAACCACAACAUGACUCAUCAGGGUCCAUGUAUGGCAAAAAGACGUAUGGGUAAAGGCUUGGAAAGGAUUUCUAGAGGAAAGAAGCGGCCAGAGGCACCUGUGCAAGCUGCAAAGCUAGCAUCAGAGGCUGGCAUUAUUAUUCGGGACCAUAUCCCAGUCUUCCCCCACUGGAAGGAUUAUAUGAAGGAUGAUGCUGAGGCGAUUCGGAACGACUACAUGGAAAAGAUUGCUCCUGCAGCAUCUAAGAGAGGCACCAAUGCACGUGUACAGGAACUUGAGAAUGAACUAGUGGCUGAGAAGGAAGGAUCAGCAGCAGUUCGAGCUCAGGUUGAUGAUGUGGUGAAUAAGUUAGAGGAGGAAAGGGCUGCAAGAAAGGUGGAAGAAGAGCAUGAGAUGUUGAAGAAGCAAAUAGGUGAGAUGCACGGAUUCUUCUGUAAUUUCCUUGGUGGCAAUUCAGCACCAUUAGAUGCACAACAGUAAGUUCUAAAACAGCCUGGGAUGUCAAGCAGUGAACUCUAACUGCUUUGGACAAGUGACUUGAUUUUGGAGGUGAUCUUGAUUAUUUUGUGUGAUCUGGUAAUCAAUUGAACGCCAUGAGAUUUAUUUUGGAACCAUUAUGUGAUAUCACAUCUUGCUGGAGAUGAACUGUGAACCUAUUUGGGACAUGGCUGUAGCUAGUUAUGUGUAAUGUUCUGUGAAUUUGGACUAUGACCAGGGAUCUACCUCUGGCUAUUCAUGUGUAAUGUUCUGAACUUGGACUAUGACCAAGUGAUAUUAGUUCUAUUAAUAUUCUUGUGCAAUUAUGGUUUGUAAUA